AUCAAGAUUCAGAAAAAAAAUCAAUGGAGCGCAGUUUUCUGUACAAGGAAUUCGCUCCAUUGAUCGGAAUGAUCGCCGGCGAGUGCGCUACCGUCGGCUCCAACACCGUCUACAAAGCCAUUAGCGGCCAUCAAAUUAGCUUCUAUGUCUUCACCUUCUACACUUGCCUCGCCGCCGCUCUCGUUCUUCUUCCUUUCGCCAUCAUCUUCCGCAGAUCCGGCGUUUUUCCGUCCAAUAAAUCCUCGUUCUUCCUGAGACUGAUCUGCCUCUCCGCCAUGGGAGUUGGAUGUCAGCUGUUUUCCUAUAAAGGAUUGGAGUACAGUUCACCGACGCUUGCUUCCGCCAUUAGUAACCUAAUUCCUGCUCUCACUUUCAUCUUGGCCGUUCUCUUCGGGAUGGAGAAGCUAGCUUUGAAAAGCUCAAGCAGCACGGCGAAAAUCGUUGGCUCGGCAGUGUCUAUAGCAGGUGCACUUGUAGUGGUUCUUUAUAAAGGUCCAGUCAUUCUAUCAAACCCAUUUGCUGCGCCAACAAGAUUGAACCUUUCACAUCCUUUGGCCUCUUCCCAACCCAAUUGGAUCAUGGGUGGCCUCUGCUUUUUUGCUCAGUACCUUCUCAACUCUUUCUGGUACAUUAUUCUGACCCAAAUGGUGAACAUGUAUCCAGAUGAACUAGCUGUGGUGUGCUUGUACUAUGUUUUCGAGGUCAUAAUAGCUGCACCCAUAUGCCUAUUAGCAGAAGGAAACUUGGGUGCGUGGAAGCUAAAAAACAGUCUUGAAUUGGUUGCUGUUUUGAACUCGGGAUGUGUGGGUCAAUCCUUCGUCUCUGCCAUCCACACAUGGGGUGUCCAUGUCAAAGGUCCUGUUUAUGUUUCGAGUUUCAGGCCUCUCUCAAUUGCCAUUGCAGCUGCUACUGGUGUCAUUUUUCUUGGGGAUGAUCUCUAUCUUGGAAGUAUUAUUGGAGCAACAAUAAUAGCAAGUGGGUUUUACUCAAUAAUGUGGGGGAAAAUAAAAGAAGAAGAGUUGAAGGGGAAAGACGAGUUUUGUUCAAGCUUGGGCUCUUCAUCCAAAGAUAAGAUUCCAUUGUUGAAAAGCUGUAAAGUUCAAGAUGACUAACACAUCUUGUGAGUACAUCAGACCGUGCAGGUAUGUUAUGUUUAUACUCGAUCCAAUCUGUUUUUGCUUUUGAAUUCAUGUUUUGUAAGUAAAAAUUAUAGAACAUCCAGCCAAAUAUCCUCAAAUGUAUAGUAAGAAGAGUUGAUUUGGCUGGAAUAGAUAACUUUUUGUGUUUAUUGUUUCUUCUAUCAUUUAAAUCAUAUUUGUCUAUAUAUCGUGAGAAAUAUCA